AUGGAUCCGAAUACUCAGAACUACUGGACCGACUGGGGGGCUGGUAAAACCCCUCUCUCCUAUCCAUCGGGUCACAGCGGGUCAGAUCAAGUGACUGUUUGCUUGUUAGGACAUGAUGCAAACAAAGAUCUUCGCAAUGAAGCUCUCGCUGCACCUUUCUUCGGUGCUGUGGAAACUAGUACAACAACCACUGAGAUUCUAGAGAGAGAACAUGCCGACAGCAACACAAUAUCAAGCAAUGGCAACACAGUUUUACGCGCAGCUGCUUGGUUCGCGUCACAAAAUCCAUUGUUGGAGGAAAAUGCGGCUACGCUCUUCAAAAGGGGCGCAGACAAGUUUGCAAGAAAUUCCGAUGGAUUCACGCCCGUGGACUAUCUUGGGGUUGGUUCGAUUGUGCAACUCGGUUCAGGCUCCUCGCUUGAAUACAUCCUCGACCGAAUACCUGAUGCGGACGCGAAUAUGGCACACAGCAGUGGGGAAAGGCCUUUUGAUCAUGCGUUGGGACUGAUGGCACCUGAUAAGAUAUCAAUUCGUUUAAAUCAUGGCGCCCGGCCAGGACUCAUCUGGGAUCACAAUUCGGUAUGGAUACAGCAUUGGAAAUACGAGAACUUCUUUAGUCAGCUCUCUGAGGUACUCUCUGAAACACCAGCAGUGCUCUUCGUGUCACAGUUCAGUGUUAUCUCACGUAGUCGUUCCGAUGUUGUUUGUGUCGAUGAAGACAGUCCCGAUGAUCCCUAUCUGAACUUUCUAUUCCCUCGGAUAUUGGGCGUGUCAAAGGAAUUGUUUUCCAUACGAUUUAGCUUGACCAGGCGCUGA